AUGACGGACGCGGAUGGCUACUUCAGUCCACGAAACCAUCCUCAGCGGAUUGUAUAUAUUUCCGAUGAUUCCGACUCCGACCUAGAUCCCGAGAUUUCAGAUUCAGAGAUGGAGCCCAUUGGUGAGAGGACACCGCUUUUCAGGCCCCCUACGGACAAUUCAAAACGGAGUAGUCCGUCGCUUCCUUCGCCUCCAUAUAACCACUCAACGACAACUUACGGUAGCACACCCACGGGGAGGAUAAUGGGUGGUGGAGAUCGCUCGUUCAAUGAUGCAAUAGAAGAGGAGGAUGCGGCCCCUCCGUAUUAUAGUGCCGAUCAUGCGCAGCAGCACGUGUGUACCGAGAAUUGCAACUGCGGGGCCCGAGCAAGCGCGCAGGCGGUGUCAGAAGAUAAAGGCUGGAGGCGCCCAGAUAUCAUCCGAGACCCUUGGGGAACGUUUGAAAGGAUCAGAAAGGAAAACUCCACGAGCGAAAUUUGCAGUUGGAUCUUCAUCCGGAUAGCAUUUGUGUUUCUUGCAUCGUUUCUACUCACAGGAAUGUUUACCAUGAAACGGCACGGUCAUGGUGGAGGGCCACCGGGCAGACCUCAUCCAGGGCCGCCCCCAGGUGAACCUGGGCGAGAGUGGCCGGACUUUAACGCAUGCCCUCCUGGGCCGGGGCAGGAUUUCUUCGCCAAGAAGAAAUAUGUAUUUUCUGGCCCGAGUUCGUUUGCAUUUUCGGAGAUAUCGACAACGGAUCCCGAAGCUUGGGAUCACGGCGGACAUAUUCAGGUGCUUGGCGAUGUAUUCGUGCAGGGCGUUGAGGACUUAAAAAGUGUUACUGUCGAUUUUGAGGUCAAGACGACGGAGAGGGAGUUGGGGGACAAAUACAGUAUUGAUAUGAAUGAAGAAGGGAUUGUCUUCAAGACGGAUAGAACUCCUUUCAGAGGCCAUCGUGGCUGUAUUGAAGUACGGGCGACAAUUUCAGUCCCACUUCAAAAACCCGGAUUCCCGAGGUUUUCCUUGCGCACUGAAGGAUUAAACGUGAUUUUGCAACCAUCAUUGGACCUUGUAGUUAACAACUUAUCACUCGAAACCAUAACGGGUAGUGUUAUCACAAGAUCAGCCUUCGGUGUAGAGUCAAAUAGGACAGUGAUUAUCAUUGACUCUGGUAAUAUUGAUGGUGAUUUCGGGCUCCAUGAUUUGGUCCAUCUGGAAACAAAAUCAGGGAGCAUAACUGCAAACGUCAUUCCUCAAGACUCAAACUCCCAUAUCGCUGAGUACGUUGCAGUGACCAUGUCAGGCCACAUAAAAACGAUUUUCCCCAGAGAUACAGCUAUCCUUCCGCAGGGAAGAAGCUACCGAUCAAAAGUUGAUACCGUCAGCGGUUCCAUCAGCGGUGAUUACGUACUUGGAGAAUCCCUCUAUCAUGGUACAGUGAGCGGAAGUAUUACAGCUUCCAUAACCGCCACCGGUGAAGGCCAUUCGACCCUUAUCACAGACACCAGACAAGGCUCCACCAACAUAUCAUUUACAAACCGUCUAGGAAACGGAAAUAAAGGUCUCAUCGCAAAGCACACAUCUAUAAGCGGGCCGGUUAGAGUUGAAUAUCCGGGGGAUUGGGAGGGUGUCGUUACUGGAAAUAGUAUGUCCGGCUCAGUCCGCAUCACGGGUGAAGAUGUAGUCAUUGUGGAGGACAGAAAAUGGCCUGCUGGCCGUUUUGUAAAGGGCGUAAAAGGUUCUGGAGAGUACGGAGGAACAUCGGAGUGCAGCGCAGUCAGUGGGUCUGUCAGUGUCCUCGUAGCCACGUCAUGA